CUAUGAUUUCUCGUGCUUCGCAGCAGUAAAAAAGGCAGAGCAGGGACUGCGGUGGUAAACAAACAGGUAAAGCAGCCGUGCCUCGUCCCGCGGAGCUGCGCUGUCGGCACCGGUUGACUUUCAGGAAACUUGACCUUCUUCUCGGACCGCCUCUGGGGUCGAACCGGCUCUAAAAAUCCCGGACUUCGGCUGUUAAAAUUCCAAGGUUCGUCCCCGGUCCUCUCCCUCUCUCCCUCCCCGCCCUCCCUGCCCUCGGAGUCGGCUUAUGUGACACAUUAACGUCCCGGGGGCGAGACGAGCGAAACAUGACGGAGCUGAGGAAACGAGGCGCCGGUGGAGGAGACCCCGACACCGCCGAGAACAUCAGCGACAAGGAAGCCGAUGGCGACGACAGGCUGGGCCUGUCAGGCGACACUGAGGGAGAAUGUGACGGCGACUCCAAAACGGACACUCCAGAUGUUCCCGCCUCCACAGCGGACACGGACAACACUCCAGAAUGCCUGAACAAAGCUCUGGAGGGGCUUCCUCCCAAAUGGAGGAACUACUGGAUACGAGGACUUCUGUCCAUUUGCAUGAUUUCGGGUUUUUUCCUUAUGAUCUACAUGGGACCCAUCAUGCUUAUCUUUGUGGUCAUGGGUGUGCAGAUCAAGUGUUUCCAGGAGAUAAUCACCAUCGGCUACAGAGUUUACCAUUCCUAUGAGCUGCCUUGGUUCAGGACUCUGAGUUGGUGAGGAAAAUCGAUUAAUACAUUAAACAGC